AUAAUGCGACUUCGUAUAAGCCUCCCCCACCCCCGCAACAAGAAACAAGUCAAUCAGAAACUGGAUUUGAAUAUAAUAUUUUCAUACACCUUAUCUAAAUCUUCACUCUGAGGGUGAUAAAACAAGCCACCUGUGGUUGCAAGAGAUGGUCCGCCGUCUUUUCAGUGGCUUGAUGGCGCUGCUUAAGAUGUGCGGUGGUCAGGCAGCUUCCCGUAAAGAAGAAUCAGCCAAAGAUGAUGGAGAUCGUGGCAUUAUCUUCGAUCUCCAAGAGCUUGAAACCGCGACUGAUUUUUUCUCCGAGAAAAACCGACUCGGAACCGGCGGAUUUGGCCCUGUCUACAAGGGAUUGAUGACGAAUGGUGAAGAAAUAGCAGUGAAGAAGCUAUCAGUGAACUCGAGACAAGGGUCUAGAGAAUUCACGAACGAGGUUAAGCUCUUGCUUAGGAUUCAACAUAAGAACUUGGUUUCGUUGUUAGGUUGUUGCUUCCAUGGUCCUGAGAAGAUGCUGGUUUACGAGUAUCUCCCUAACCGGAGUCUCGACUAUUUUCUCUUUGAUAAGAUCAAGCCCGGUUCACUUGAUUGGCACCAUCGAUGGCGAAUCAUUAUAGGAGUGGCGAGAGGACUGUUGUAUCUACACGAAGAAGCUCCCAUACGGAUAAUCCACAGAGAUAUCAAAGCCAGCAACAUUCUUUUAGAUAAUGAUUUGAACCCGAAAAUCUCGGAUUUCGGUUUGGCCCGGUUAUUCCCGGGAGACGGCACUCAUACCAAUACCUUUAAAAUCUCUGGCACUUAUGGCUAUAUGGCUCCUGAGUAUGCGUUGCAUGGGCUUUUAUCGGUCAAGUCAGAUGUUUUCAGCUAUGGAGUCUUAGUUUUGGAGAUAGUUAGCGGAAGGAAGAACCAAAAUACUCAUCUUGGACCUGAAAUGGCCGAUCUCUUGCACUAUGCAUGGAAAAUGUACCAAGAAGGGAAAAUUCUAGAACUGGUGGAUCAAUCUCUAGCAGGAGUAUACAACCGCGAUGAAGCAGCCACUUGUUUCCUUAUAGGAUUACUGUGUUGCCAGCAGAUCACAUCAAACAGACCGGAUAUGAACACGGUUCAUCAAAUGUUGUCGAGUGAUUCAUUUGAUUUGCCUAAACCGGGUCGUCCUGGAUUCCAAGGUCGUAGAGAAGACGGCUAUACAAGUACUGGGACCGGUACAGGAGCUGGUUCACGAAGUUUUGGAUUAGGCGGGGAACCAAACAGUUUUAAGAACAGAAGAAGUAGUGGACAGAAUGGCCUCGUUGAGGAACACUCGAGGACCUCCAUUUCCAUGUCUUCCUUCGCGGAAGGAAGAUGAUUAUAUAUUAAAUCAAAACAUGUGAAUGCACCCAUAUAUAUAUAUAGAGAGAGAGAGAUGAGAGACAAAGAGGAGGACAUGUGAUAUUUGAGAUCUUGUUUACGUUUUCAUAUAUAUUAGCAAUAAUGAAAAUUUUGUGUUCGAAAUUUUUAUUUUA